CCCAGAGAGCGCCGCUCGUCUGAGGUGUCUGGAAGGGGGAUUCUGGAGGGGGGCCCGACCUGCUCCCACCCCGCUCCGCCCGGCCCCUCGGCGCGGCCGCCCCGGCAGGGCCCGAGCAGCGGAAGGGGGCUGAUAGCGGCGGAAGGGGGCUGAUAGCGGCGGCUGCGGCGCAGGGCUACGGGCGAGGGGCGGAGCAGAGAGCCUCCGUGGCUGUCAGGGCCGCCUCCCCCCUGCCCGCAGCCUCUUUAAAUGCUAUGGGGCGGCUGUAGCUGCGGCGGGUGUUGUGGAGCUCGUCAUGCGGGCUGUCAUUGCCUUGGCCGCGGCGCUGGGCAGCCUGCUGUUCGGAGGCUGCCUUCUGCGCCUGGGCGGCCAGCAGCCCCUCCGCGCCAGGGGCUGGGAGGAGGACGCAGGGGCGGCCGUUGUCACGCCGAGAGCGGUGCUGUCCCUCAGGUCCCCCGCGACGCCGCUGUCUCACACCGAGAACAGAACAACUGUUAGUAAAAAUGGAAUUUACCAGUUUGAACAGGCUUCAAAAUGUAAGGCAAUUCAGGACAACGUUUUGUCGUCAUCCGUCAAGAAGAGAAGGUAUUCAGAAGAUUAUUACCUGCACAUAGUCACGAAACUGCAGAACUGCACCUGGAUGAGGAGACCAGAAGAAUCUACAAAGUUCAGGUCAGAAUUAGCUUCCUGCUGUGAUGCAGUUCACAAUUUUAUUGCUUCUCAAAACAACACCCCCCUGGGAAGUAACAUGAGUUAUGAAGUGGACAGUAAAAAGACCAUUCUCAUUACCGAGGACAUUUUUAAGAUGCUGCCUGUGUCCUCUCCUCUUUCAGUGCAUCCCUUCAAGACCUGUGCUGUGGUUGGCAAUGGAGGCAUUCUGAAGAAUUCCGGCUGCGGAGCGGAGAUCGAUCGCUCCGACUUUGUGUUCAGGUGUAACCUCCCCCCAACCACAGGAAGCAUCAGCAAGGAUGUUGGCAAUAAAACAAGCCUCGUGACUGUUAAUCCAAGUAUCAUAGCUCAGAAGUACAACAAACUCAAUGAGAAGAAGACAGACUUUCUGGAGAAUAUUGCAGUCUAUGGAGAUGCUUUCCUCUUGCUGCCAGCCUUUUCCUUCAGGAGCAACACAGCCACUUCUUUUAAAGUGUACCACACUCUGCAAGAGUUCAAAGCAGCACAAAGGGCAAUAUUUUUUCACCCCACCUAUCUGAAAAGUCUUGCCCAGUUCUGGAGAACUAAGGGUGUGAAAGCAUACCGGUUGUCUUCUGGCUUCAUGAUCACCAGUGCUGCCCUCGAGCUGUGUGAGGAUGUGAAGCUCUAUGGCUUCUGGCCUUUCUCCAAAUCCACAGAGAAGAUGCCCAUCAGCCACCACUACUAUGACAACCAGCUGCCUAAACCGGGUUUCCAUGCAAUGCCCAAAGAAUACAACCAGAUCCUUCAGCUUCAUGGCAAAGGCAUUUUGAAGCUGCAGAUUGGUAAAUGUGAAUCAGACUAAACAGGGUGGUGAUCCUAAGGAGACAACCUGUGUGUCUUAGCAGUAUUAGAUGUGAGCUGGUGUGGUUCUGUGAGCAUGAAACUGCAUUGGUACAGCAGAGAAAUCUUCUACACUUGGGGAGAAAAG